AUGAAUACAGGAGAAGUUACACGGGUGCCUGUUAUAGAGAAGGGGGAGGUUAUUGGUUUAGUUUGCAUACCGGAUUGUUUACGUGAUGCUGACAAAAUUACGAGAAGGAAAGCCGCUAAGCUUAUGGCAACGAAUUGGGAUGCCCUUGAGAGUUGCUGCGAUUUAAAAGGAGAUAAUGAGCUUGAAAAGGCAAGAAAUAACCAGCGUACUAGACGGCGCACAAGCACACAGACAUCACCUUUGGCCAGGCAAUUCCUGCUUCAAAGGAAUGACGAAGAAGAGGUCCAACCAGGCUUAAUUCAUUUACGAGAUCUACCACAAAAACCUUCCUCCUAG